UAAGAAACUCAUGAAAAAAGAGUCGAUGUGUUAUGGGAACUCUAUAUGUAUGAUUCCAAUAUUUCUAAUCACCGCAGUCCGGAUCUGUUCGGGUCAUUAUUAAUGCAGGGGGAACGUGUUAACCAUGAAAUGAAUUUAUAUUAUUGAAAAAAAUCAGCUGCCCCCUCACCUCAUAUCACAUAGAAACAAUGUUUGUUUUUUAAUAUAUGCAAAAAUAAAAUAUCUGCAUUAAUAAAUAUAAAUAUAAAUUCUACACGCCCGGGCUUCCAGUGAGGCAGUGACAGUUCACGGUGAAUGUUUCUUGGGCUUCCAAAAGAAGUUCUCAAAAUUGUGACGAAGAUGAGACCUCGCUAUUUAGUCUGCUCGAUAUUUUUUACAGUUCUAAUUUCACAUGAAGUACUAUCCGCCGCAAAAAAACGGAAGCCGGGUGGUCUCACCGAUAAAAAGAAGUUGGAUCUAAAGGAUGGCAAAUUUGACAAACUCUCAGACCAAGACUGGAAGAAAACAAGACCGGAUGACAUUGAUAAAAUACCCAAAGACAAACUGAAAGGUGCUGGACGCGAGGCAGUGAAAAACCUGAGUAAAAUAGCUGUCAAAGGAGGGAAGGAAGUUGUGGAAAAACUGGCCGAAAAAUUGAAUUGUUCCCAGCUUGCUGAUUUCCUUAAUGCGACAUCAAAAUCGGAUUGUGCAGUGUUGAAAGGUCUGUCUGGCGCGAUUAAGAAAUGCCGAGGAAAACACACAAAGGAAAAUAUGUUCGACCUCGGGGUCCUGGUGCGAUGUGGUUUAGUGAAAAAUAUCAGCAAAGAGGAGUUUAGAAAGGCGGGUAAAGAGGGAAAAUUUAGGGAUGCUUCUAAAAAAGAUAGGGAGGAAUUUGCUAGAGAAUCUGAAAAAAAACUUGGCAAUGCAACAAAAUGGGGGAAGAAAGAUCUGGAUGUCGUGAAAGAUGUUCUUGAGGAAAUACCGUCAAAAGUCCUUAAAAAAGUUCCGAAAGAUGUGCUGAAAGAGACUUUGAAAGAUGGCGGUGGAAAGGGUGGUCUGAAACUGAAGAAACAGAAGAAAAGUGACCUGUUCCGUCAUCUUUUCAAAGGACAAAAGAAUUUAACACGGGAAAACAUCACUUGGAUCUGCGAAGCUGGAUUUGAGUCCCAAUUACGCCUGAAAGACUUAAAGGAUCUUCCAAAAGAUUUCCUUAAGGGAAAAUCAAAAUGUUUUGGAUCUGAUAAAGCUCAUCCGUCCGUUAGGAAAUCGUUCACAAAGAAACUAUGUUCUGGACAAACCCACUUCACCAACGAAACGGCUAAAGUGUGUGUGUACGCCUUGGGAGAUAUGAAACCAAGUGAUAUGAAAAACGAGACAAUUGCGAGACUCCUGUUGAAAAAAUACCUUGAACUGCCAAAAAAUAAGAGACCCAAAGUUGAGGGAGAAAUUUGUCGAAGGCUUGCUGCGGCGUUCAUAAGGAAGUACGGGCGAAACGAUACAGUUAAGGCUGGCGCCUUGGUAAAGUGUAUGUCUCUGAAAUCUGUGAAAGAUAUUGUCAAAAGUAAGCCAGUUUUGAGAGAAAUGGCCAAAUCGAAGGACAAAGGAUUAAAACGAGAUAUUGUGAAAGAAAUGCUCAAGAAUAAGGUCGAAUUCGGCAAGUCACUUCUUCAGUUCAUUGGCGAGAUGAAAAUUUCGGAAGUUCGGGGAUUACCGAACACAACGUUUGACUUGGGUGAUGAUGAUGAAAAUGAAGAUGUUAAUUUGGAAGAGGAUGAGUCUAAAGGCGAUUGCAAAAAAGAUGAUGAUGAUGCUGAUGAUGAUGAUGAUGAUAAUAAUGAUGAUGAUAAUGAUGAUGAUGAUGACAGUAAAGAUGAGAUCUGUGAAAAAGAGAAAAAAUUCAUUAUCAUGCGAGGAAUUGGCAAGAUCUCAGAACUCACGUUGCGAAAAAUCAUCAAAAUCGUAAAGUUGUUAAUUCACGGCGGUUUUACUGAGAAGGACAUUGAAGAUUUGAACCCUGAGGAGUUCUCAACAAUAGUUGCAAUUCUAACGAAAAGAGAGAACGCGUUCUCGUGCAGACAAGCUAAAAAAGCCGUAAAAAGAUAUAGAAUGUUGUACAGAAAUAUUUCCGAUGCUCUUGAUGAUAUGGAAGGUAUGAUUGCAUUCCUGAACGAAACAGAACUAGAUUCCAUGCUUCCUCACCGCUGCGAUGACGUCAUCAGAAAGUUGAGGGGGAGCGGAUUUCUGUGGAAAUGUCUGCAGGCAAAAACCAGAACGAACCGUACCAAAUUCAUCAUUAAAAAAUGCAACGCAGACCUAACGAAAAUAUCGGGCGAUGAGCUGGUCAACAAUGGACAUCUCUUGACCUGGCUGGAUCAAAGUGAAUUCGAUAAAAUCCCAGGCAAACUAUUCUUGGACAAUUUAGAUGAACUCAGAGAUAAGUUAGAAGAACAGAAGGAUAAAAAAGGUUUUGAAGACAGUAUCAAAAUCAUUACGGACAAAAUCGUUGGCGAACUAGGUGGGGCAGCAAAUUUGGACAGCGACGACAUUGCAAACCUUGGUGUUGGGCGAAGAGGACUCAAAAAGGACGAUGUAAAAGUUUUAAAAAAAGAACCUUUGGAUGAGUUACAGUUGAACGUUGAUGAAUUAGAUAGUGAAAUCGCAAAGCAAGUCUUCAAAUCGAGGGAAUCUGUGAGAAGUCGCAGACGACGGCGACGACGGAAUACAGACUAUUCGACAAAAGAUGCUGACUAUUUCCUGAAUUUGGGGCAAUCUAUUCUUGGGUUACCUGCAGGUGAGAUUUCCCAGAUUACUGACUCAGUCUUCAAAGAUAUUGUCGGGCAAGUCAGCCAGGUCACAGGAUGGGAGAAAGAACAGCUCACUGAAUGGGCUAAAAAGGCAGUUACUGUUUGGGGUGCCGCGAAUACUUUUGGAACGGACCAAUUGUUACUCCUUAACAACUUUGCGAAAGGAUUUAGCGCCUCGGAACUGAAGAGUAUGAACUUUAGUUCUGAUGACGUGAUCAGCAGUUUUGGUCAGGUGACAGGCUACACUGAUGAACAAGCCGAAGAAAUAUUUGCCAAGAUAAAGAUGAGUAAGGCUGUGUCAGCCAUGACUGGGGCAGAUCUCCUUCGACUGGGAACCAUCGCACAUGGAAUGACACCAGAUGACAUCAAAGCAAUCACUCAAGAGGCAUUUGAGGUUGCUGUUUCUCAGUUGGGUAAAAUGACGGGAUGGACAAAUGAACAAUUGGUGGAACUUAAAAACGAAGCGAAGGUGGCGUAUGGUGAGACAAACACAUGGGAUGGUGGUGUAUUGUCUACAGUCAAUGUGAUCAUUGGUGGUUUCACCGACGACGAGGUAAAAAAUCUGGAGUCUGAUGACCUUCAGUACAUCUCAAAAGAAGCAAUCGCCGCUUUACCCCCAAGCAAAUUCAAGCUUCUUUCCGCUGACCUUAUUCGAGAACUGGAUGGGGAACAAGCUCAAAGCGUGACUGACGCUCAGAUAUCGGAGUUAUCCGAGGAACAGAAGAACGCUUUGGACAGCGCGAAAUCUGGUGCUGGUGGCAAUAAUACCAUUGGUGGCACAACAGCCAAGCCAGGCACAUCGAAACCAUCCAUCCCGGACACAGGUAAUGGUGGUAGUAAUGGUGUAACGCCAACUAACCAAAUAUCAACUAAAGAUAAAACUAAUCAGAAAUCUGGUAAUGGCAAUGCCGGUAAUGGUUCUGGUUCAACAGAAAUCGUUUUUGGCUUCAUCUCUCUUCUCCUGCCAUUCCUGGCCUCUCAAAUCUUCACCUAAGAAGACACAAAGAUUUUUAGCUUUUAGUUCUAAAUCAUAUAAUUUUUUUUCGAGAACUUCAUAUAUCAUAUUGUGUUUAUGACUUUUGUUAAAUCGUAUUGCAGUGCACUCUAAAUAGGUCAGCGUAAGAUAGUACAUCGUAUAUACAAGGAUUUCAAGUGGGAUUUUAGAACGAACAUUCAUAAUACAUCACAAGUAAUCCUAAUGCUAGGGCAGGGGUUUUUCGGUAAAAAUGAGUGUAUUGAUUAUUCUAAGCACAAAAUCUAUUAUAGCAGUAUUAUAAUUGCAUGUAGUGGUAGGUGAAUUAAGACGUCGGAAUAUCGAUUCGUAUCCAGUAAGAUAUUCCCGGGCACAAACCAAAGUUGUUUGUCGAGGACUAUACAGCGUGACAUUGUCGCUUUUUAGUCUGUUCCGGCAUUACAUGAGCAAGCUGGGUUACAAACUGGUGUCUAUAUUUUAGUGCGAGUUCAUUUCUACGUGUGUAUUUGUAUUUGAUAACUGAUAAACUUGCAUAUAAUUAUAUUUAUUAUGCAUUACUAA